ACGAACCACCGCACAUACAGCAACGCAAUAUGGAUCAGAGCAGCGUGGACGAGUUCUGUCGGCAGACGGGGCAGACGCCGCAGGUGGCGCAGUCGUUCCUCAGCCAGCACGGCGGCAACGUGAACGCGGCUGUGAGCGCGUUCCGGUCAGAGGCUGCCAGCUUUGGCUCGCAGGCGCAGUCUGGCUCAAGCGGGUUUGCCACGCUCGCCAGCAUGCAGAGGCAGAGCGCACCGCCUUCCUCCGGGCGCCGCUUCGCCACCCUGGCAGCGAUGAACAACGACAACGAUGAUGACGAUGACGAUGACAGGAGCAACACAUACUAUGCCGGUGGCCAGCGCAGCGGCGUCGCUGUUGAGGGCGGCCCUCACGGCAGACAAGACAUGAUGCAGAGGCUGAUUGCGGAAGCAGAAAAGCGCGGCAUGUCAUUUGAGGAGUACAUGGCAGAGGAAGCAAAGCGCAAGAAGGCCGCCAACAAGUUCCGCGGCCAAGGUCACACGCUCGGUGAUGAGGAGCGGGAGCCAGAGGCCGUCGGCGUUCCCUUGGCGGAACAAGUCGAGGAAGCGGGACCAAAGCACGUGAAGCUGGUGCUGUGGAAGAAUGGCAUCUCGGUUGAUGACGGUAAGGAGGUGCCCGUCCUCCGCCCGUACGAGCAGUCGGCGUCCAUCAUCGGCGCCAUCCAAGCAGGCGUGGUGCCGCCUGAGCUCCGCGUGAAGUACGGCGCUGCCAUUGAUCUCGAACUCGUCGACAAACGCGGCGAAAACUUCACACCGCCAUCGCGCCCCUUUGGCGGCGCUGGGCACAGGCUGGGCAAUCCAACAGGUGAGGGAGAGGCCGCCAUGGCAGGGCUGUCAUCAGCAUCAACAUCAACAACGACAACGACAGCGGCACCCUCCUCAACAGCUGCGUCGAAGAGUCAGGACGUAUCUGGUGAUGCCGUCACACCGCACGUCGACCCUUCAAAGCCAAAGACCCGCCUCCAGAUCAGGCUUGCGAACGGGCAGCGUCUUGUGAGCGAAUUCAACACGACCUCCACCAUCAGCGAUGUCAUGGCCUUUAUCACAGCGUCUGGGUUUGGAGAUCGGCCGUAUGUGCUGAUGAGCUCGUUCCCGCGGAAACAGCUGCAGGACGUGGACCAGACGCUGGAGGACGCGAAGCUGUGCAACGCCGUCGUCAUCCAGAAGUGGGAGCAGUGAAGCCAGUGUGGUGCGUGGGUGUGGCGCGUGAUGAUGCAAGGCGCUCCGUGGUGAUGGAACGCAUGGUGGGUGUUGCAUGAUACGACGCAUGGCAUGGCAUGUGAACACGCACCGUGACCACCACCCGGCCACAAUCACACCGCUCGCGCACCGCCAACAACCAACCAACAACAACAACGACACAACAACACGUUCUCCCUCGGCGCUCCUUCCAUUCACAUCAAUUGCACAUUCCGGUUUCACGUCACGUGUGCGUGUUCCCAAAUAAACGGUGCUGGCGUACGUGUUGUGCACACCGGUACACAACUCACUCACGACAAUGCGCAAGGAAUCUGAUUUCAUUAUGGUUGCGCACAGAGACGGGCACAGCAGCA